AUGGGUUUUUUGAGAGCAGUGAUGGAGCUCUGGGUUGAUCGUGUUAUGCGUUGUGUUUCGACGGUCUCUUUCAGAGUUCUUAUUAAUGGGGCACCUUCGGGGGAGUUUACUCCUACUAGGGGUAUUCGAGAAGGUGAUCCUCUAUCCCCGUAUCUGUUUGUUUUGUGUGCAGAGGCUUUGUUUGGGUUGUUGACUAGGGCGGUUGAGAGAGGUAGUCUUCAUGGGGUAAAAGUGGCUUCGACGGCCCCUUUGGUUUCGCAUCUAUUUUUUGCAGAUGAUAGUAUUAUUUUUUCGAAGGCGAACCCGGAGGAAGUGAGCACGAUUAGAGGGGUGUUGAAGGUUUAUGAGGAGGCGUCGGGUCAAAUGGUGAAUUUUGAUAAGACGACGGUAUCUUUUAGUAAGGGUGUGAGUGGAGCGAGAAGGAGUGAGUUAGCAAAUUUGAUGGGUGUUAAGGAGGUGGAUGUGCAUGAUAAAUAUCUUGGUCUCCCAACGGUGAUUGGAAGAUCAAAGAGGGUGCUUACUAAGGGCAUUCGAGAGAAGUUGUGGAAGAGACUUCAAGGGUGGAAGGGGGUUUUCUUUUUUAUCUAA